ACCCUGCUCCUAAUCAGUCCUCAACAAAUGCUCCAAAGCAAACCGAUCUCCUGGCUGUUUCAGCCCCACUUCAGGUGGUUGGCGAUUUCAAUAACGACCCUCCAACCCAGUAUUAGCUAAUUAUCCAAAGCGUGCUAUCGGUAAUGUGUACUUCUUGAAUCGUUCAUGUCCACUGUGUAAAUAUCUGCAGGAGUAUAAGGAAGCUUUUCCUUAGAUGCAUACAUUUUAUGUAACAGGCCUUAAAAUAGGUGUGUCUUUAACAUCAUGUUAGAGUUCUUUCUCCACACUGUCAAGAAAUUCUCACCCACUAUCGCACCAUGUUACAUAAAAGCAAGAGGAAUUUUGAGAUCUUGGCCCAUGAGAAAUCGAUAACAAAUACUUGAGACAUAAACUUGUAAGGAUUUUUGCCAAGUGAAAUAGGAGACUAAUGUUGUGGAUAGAUGGGUGGAUGGAUAGAUGAACAGAAAAAAAUAAAUUGAGAUAAAAAAAAAAAAAUACAUUUUUAUGUUGCUUUUGGUUAUAAAGUAAUAAUGUGAGGAAAAAGUUGCAUAAAAAUGAAAGUGGUUAUAUAAUUUUCUAAGAUACGAAAAUAUUUCAGAAAAUAAAAAGAUCUAUAGAAAUGGAAACUUUUUUUAUAAAAUGUUGAUUUUAUACUGAAGUUUGACAAUACUCAAUACUCAAAUUAGGCCUAUCCACUUUUAGAAAAAGCUGUUUUCUAAACCCUACAUUUGUGCAAACUGAAAGACAUUAAUUCAUCUAAAAAACAUUAAUUGUACGAAAACUCGUGGAAGAAUUUUUUUUUUUGUAAGAGUUAAUGGUGAUAAAUCGCAAAUAAUUAACCAUAAGUGGAAUAAAUCAAUGCAAUAUAAUCCAAUAAACUGAGCAGCAUAUAAUAUACAUAAAACUUAAAGCUUAGUGUACACACUCGAACAAGCGGAGUAUUUGUUAUGGAGCCUGGACUUUUCGCAAUACUACACUGCCCCCUUGUGUCAGAUAGCUGUAAUAAUCAAUUGUAUGUGAAUAGUAACUCAUCAAAAUUUAAAGAAGGAGCAGCAAUGUUCCGGUCACACAUUUGUAUUAUUAUUGUUCUGUUUUAACAAAGUCUAUGUGUAUUUCACAACGUUUUUUAUAACUAAGAAAAUAAUUUGAGGUAAAUAUUUAACCAGUUAUUGUUUAAUUAGUUUCAACUGGCAGUUAUAUUAGAUACAAAUCACAUACAGAUCCAAGUAUUUCCUUUGGCAUCUAUGCAUGUCAGAGCCCUCUCUUAUAUACUUCUUUUGCAGCGAUCCUGAAGGUCCUGCAGUAUGCAGUAGUAGAUCACAGCUGGAGUUUCUCCUGCAAGACAGAGCAGCCUACUCUUCAGCUCCUCCAACACCUGAACUUAGAUCAGUGUUUUUAACUCCUGCUGUAGAGAACAUACCUACAUAUUUGGAGAUGGAAACCUCUGUCUAAAUCUAUCUGACUCUGGCAGCCAAUGCAUGCUAAAUAUAGAAGCUGACUGAGGGAUCUUUCUGGGCUAGUUGUCUAGCCGAUCAUAUUGCAAGCUGAAAACAAGAUUAUAUGGUCAUAUUCAGCCAAAAAAGAAUGAAUAUAUAAAAUGAGUCAAAAUGUAGGUUCUUUUUAUUAGUUCUGUUUUCAUAUUCAUUUUGUUUAUUUAGGAAAACUGUUAAAGAAACCCCAACUGUCAAUCCUUACUUAAAGAUGUAUUAAGAGAAUAUGGUAGUACCGCUAAAAUAGUUUAGCACAUGUAAAACAAUCCAGUAAAAAUGUUGAUAUGAGAAAGUUUUACAGAUUAACAGCACCUUUUCCCCUCCAAAGAGCACAAUUUGGUUAAUAUUUUGUGAUUUUGUUAAUGAGGUGAAUGAGAUUACAAAUAACAGACAUGGCCAAAUAUUAAAAAAACACAUACUGUAUAAUUAGAGAAUUAUGUUUACAACAAAUUAUUUGUUAUUUUGUCAGUCAAUGAAAGAAAAUCUAAUCAAAAGGAAACAACAAUACAUGACAAAGAUCGUCGUCUUCUUCUUCUAAUCAAUAGUCUUUUCUUUUCUUUUUUUAAAUAUUAUAUUAUAUUAUAUUAUAUUAUAUUAUAUUAUAUUAUAUUAUAUUAUAUUGUUAAUAUCAAACAUUUAGGUUUAGGUAGGAAAGUUUAUUUCGGAUGGAAAUAUAUUUAAAAAAAAACAGCGAACAUUAGCAUUAGAACUUUAGAGUCAAAUUUAAGAGUCAAAAUAAAAAGAAAGAAAAAAGAGUUCUUUGAAAAGAGUGGUUUGCAGUUAAAGAACAGUGGGAUUAUACAUUUACUACUACAUCAUUAGCAAUUUAGUUUUUAAUGAAAACAAUUAGUAGAUGCAAAAAGAAAUAAGAAAAAAAUAAUCAUGCUAUGUGUUAUAUAGAUCAUUCGUUAAAGUUACAGUGUAGGAAAAAUAUAUAAAAAAUUAACUGAACUGAAAUCGAGAAAAAUGAAAUGAAAUGGAAAUGUACUGCCAUCAAACCUACACUAAAAUUAAGAAGAAAUAAGAAGCUUGCUCCAGCGUUCUACAAGAAACUACAGACACGAUCACAAACCAAUACUCACAUUCUUCAUAUCCUUCACUGACACUUUAUUCAUCCAAGAAAUUAACAUCACAACAUGUUUUGCUUAUUUGAUUAAACUUUGUUAUUUUUAUAAACGUCAAGAGAUACUAACCUAUAAUACAGAUUCUGUUGACUACACACAUUCUUAAUAGAAGACACAAACAUUCUUAUUAUUCUAAAAUAAUCGUUUAUUAAGACCUUAACAUUGAUAUUAACUGCAUUUGGGUGAUGGUUUUAAAACAAAAACAAGUUUUUGUCAGGCAAUUGUCCGGAUAUCACUGCCAGAUUUGAACGCUUGAUAUGGCAGUGAAUUAUAAAUAACAUUUUGAAUAAACGAAUAAAAUGCAUUUGGUUUAAAAUGCAUGAACAGCUCUCUCCUUUUUUUAACCCACAAUGUAAUUGUUCUCUGAUGCUUAUAUUAAUAUUUAUAUAUUCCACGAGGGGGCAGCCAAUGACAGAGCGGACCUGACUAAUCAAUUUAUUGUUCAGUAAAAUCAAAUGCAGUUUUAUUCACUCAGUGGCGAAAAUAUUAAAAGCUAGCAUUAAAUAAAUGUUCAGGAUUAGUACUAUAGUAUCAGAUCAGUACUAUCAGAAAUAGAUAUUAAUACUCUGCUCGCUACUAGAUUAAAUACAAUUGUGGAUUUAAUAUUAGAAAUUAGUAGUUUCCAGUGAUGCCCGACAAAUUAUCCACCACCCACACUGAGACUUAAAUAUAUACAUCACUUCAUAACUACACGCAAAUACAUCAUUAAGUGCAUAAAUCCCUUGCUCGUGCUCCAAUAAAUCCAUGAGGCUAAAAGUGUGGCCAGUAGACCAACGGUGUGUGAGAAGAUUAAUUGAAAGUUUCCUUCAAUAAAUGUUUAAAUAAACACAAUAAGAAUGUACAAUCAAACAAAAUAACAACCAAAACGUUAUGAUCCUGCAUAAUCUUUCAGAAGAAAUCCAUCCUCCUCUGGCACACACCAGGCGGUGGUGUCUAAUUUCAGUGCAACAGCUAUACAAUAAAAUAUACCAAAACUAGUGAAAAUAUAUGACAAUGGGUAUACAGUUUACGAGAGUCUUGAAUGUGAUAAUAACUACAGUUUUUGUGCAGGUCCAGAUAAGAUUAUCCAAAUGUGUGAAGUCCCAUGGAUUGUUGUGCCCCUUCACACUGCCAACUUCUGCCACCUCACAUUUUGUCUUUUUGAUCAGCACAACACGUGUGCGCGCAUGAUCUGUUUUGGUGUAUGCACGCCUUCAAACUUAAUUAAGAAUCCUGCCUCCAUGGACUGGGUGAAAAGUGCUACGAUCCUGCAAAUCCAUAAACAGCUCUGAACGCCCAUUGGACACGGGCUGCUCUCUGGGAGGAGCACUGACACAGCCAAAAAGCUCGAAUUAUGUUUUCGGUCCAAAAGGUUUCUCUGAAGUGACGGAAAGUGCGGGAAGUUCACAAGUUUUGUCUGUUUUCAAUGACUGGUGCACGGGUUUUUUUUAACGCAACGCACGACUGACAAUCACCGCGCAGAUUAGUUUCCUAACUACAGGUUUUAGAAACAGCAAAACCAAACAACAAGGGUCGACAUUGAACUUUUGGAUGAUUUGAGUAAAAACUAGAAGGCGACACGGAGAGGAGCGGGCAAAGUUUUUUUGCGCCCUAGAACCGUGAAGUGAGGGGGUACAAUGCACGCGCGCUACCCAGCGUCCAGCCCCAGUUCUCUGGGUGUUGUACCUUAUAUCGCGGGCGAGCAGGGUUACUACCGGACUGCCAACGGAGCUGGUUAUACUGGCAUCACGGCGCCGAUGAGCAUGUACUCACACGCUGCGCACGAGCAGUAUCCGGGUGGCAUGGCUCGUGCCUAUGGCCCCUACGCGGCCACUCAACAGCCCAAGGAGAUGGUCAAGCCUCCAUACAGCUACAUCGCACUGAUAACGAUGGCCAUUCAAAAUUCGUCGGAUAAAAGGGUCACGCUGAAUGGGAUCUACCAGUUCAUCAUGGAGCGCUUCCCGUUUUAUCGGGAGAAUAAGCAAGGAUGGCAGAACAGCAUUCGCCACAACCUGUCGCUCAACGAAUGCUUCGUCAAGGUGCCGCGCGAUGACAAGAAGCCGGGAAAAGGCAGCUACUGGACUCUCGACCCAGACUCUUACAACAUGUUCGAGAACGGCAGCUUCCUGCGUCGGCGGCGCCGCUUCAAGAAGAAGGACGCGCUGAAAGAGAGAGAGGAGCGCGAGCUGCAAGGCAAGGAGGCCCGGGCCCAGGCUCGCGAAGCUCAGCAGCCGGUCAAACUUCGGGACAUAAAGACUGAGAAAGGCGCCUGCACGCCUCCGCGCUCUGGCACUCCAGGCAUCGCGUCCGUGACCAAAACCGAAAGCCCGGACAAUGGCAGUGUGACCGCGUGUGACGGGAACCCACAGACGCAAACGGCACAACAGGCCUUUAGCAUGGAUAACAUCAUCGCGGGGCUCCGUGGGUCACCGCCGCAGGCUGCCGAGUUGCCGGUGUCGCGCGCUGCUUUACCGAACUCUGUGCCUCUUGGUUACUCGCCCCCCACGCAGCCGGCACACUACAGUCCUCCCUGCGGCCAGGCGGCCGUAUAUCAGUGCGACAUGUAUGUUGGUGAGCGCGGGCACGGGAACGAAGCUUUACCGGAUUACACAAGCGCAACAAGCGCAGCCGUCGCCUCCCACGCGACCCUGAGCUCGAGCCAAGAGAGCCAGCACGUGCAACAGAGUCGUCUCGCGCCGUGGUACCUCAAUCAGAGCGCAGAAAUGGCGCAACUCGGAGCGAACUAUGGAUCACAACAAUCAAGCUUUCACGCGGCUUUCGAGGCACAGCGGCUCACGCUCAACUGCUCCCCCGCGGCCGGAAGCGACGGAGGCUGUCAGACACCUUUUUCUGGCAGUCAGCCACUGUAUCGGGCCUCGGGAACUUUCGUCUACGACUGUAGCAAAUUCUGACCAAAUAUCACACGAGCCAAAAUGCACACUUGAUUUGGCGCACAGACUCGCAUUUCAAGCCCAGUUUAAAUAAUUUAAUGCAGAGCUAUGAGCCAAAGACGGUGAGUACAGGAGGCUGAAGCACUUCGGACUAAAAGGCCUGAAAAAUCGAGUAAGAUUUCGGUUUUCCCGGAAUCGCUUCAGUAGGACUUUUUAUCACUAGAUUAAUUUAUUUCUUUAAGAAUUAGAUGGACCAACUUUCAAGCAAAUGUUAACCUUAUUUAUAUUAUACAAAACGAAAGCUAACUGUGUACAAAAUCUGCGAUUUUUAAAAAAUACUCAAAAAUAUAUUAUUUGUUAAAUAAAUUCCUCUCCUGUCUAAGUAAAACAAUCGAGUGAUUUAUCGGCUUUGGUUUUUCCCACAACCUGCAGUAACUCGCCGAAAAGGUUGUAUUGUGCAUGGAUCAUGUUUUACACUAUUUACAAAUCUCAAGUUUCAGGCCUGCUGUCAAUCUCACCAUCAGACAUAUAUAAAAGAAAAGAGAAAUGUUAAUCCUUAAUUCAUUAUUAUUUCUCAUAAAGUCAUAGCACCCGAAUAUAUCUAGAUGGUUAGUUUAUAAUAAUAGUAAUAAUAACAUUAAUACUACUACUACUACUAC